GCAUCAGAAUCAGAACUGCCCUCGCGCCCAGAUGACUUAGCCCAUUUAACAUUCGAAGCAAUUGUGCCAGAAAAGUUCAGCAAAUGUUCCCGAAAACGCGAACGUUCAUUGGUAAUGUUUUGGGAUGGAGUUGGUAUGACUUGUAGCACCUCUGUAGCCUCCCAAAUUGAGCUGAUAGCUUCAUCUGCCCCCUCCAACCCCCAACGCGCCUUCCGAGCCACCUUUCCCGCUACUGCUCCCGGCAAGAGGCGCGGGCGCAGCGGCGGGGAAAGAAAUUCUCAGCAAGCACCAACGGCUUUAUUCUCAGCCAUUCAUUCCUGACUAGGAGCCGAAAGGCACGCGAGCGAAGAAACUACUCUGCCUUGAAGGAGUUCUAUUAGGGAUUUGCACGGGACUCGUUACAUUAAAGAGAAGAACAGAAACUACAUUUGAACAUUAUUAAUUUAGUUAAAUACGUUAGCUAACCGCUGGAAGUCUUGCAAAAUAUAAUAGAGAGGUGCUGAUCAGCAGCGUAAAUAUUCAGUUAGUCGCUGUUCAUUUAACUAACUUUGAUGGACAGCUAACUUAUUAUUUGGAUUUUCAUUACUGUAGCUGGCUUCUGUUGAAAUAUUACAUGGUGCUUAGUUAGCUUCCCUCGUUAACCAUCUUAUUUUUAGAGUCUUUAAAAUGCAUGCCUAACUAUUUACUUUGUUAGCCAGCAUGCUAAUUGGUGAUCAACUAACUUAGUGCACUUGUGCAAUACAUUCAUCAUUAUUUUGAUAACUUGGAUAAUAACGUCAACAUGCCAACCAAAACAAACACCUGACACAAAACUGCUCAUUUGUGAAUGACGAGCAACUUUUAAAAAGUUAAUUCAAUACUUGUUCGCUUGUUAUCAACGAUUUACGUAAGCUGUCAGUCUGUCAGAAAUGGCUAACUAAUUAUAUUUUCAUUUUGCGAGUUAAUUCUAGUCAUCCGCUUUUAGCUACAAUACGAGAUCUAUAAGAGAUCAGUAAUGCCGAUAGUCGGCUUGUAGCCAAGAUUUUGGAGUGUAACUAGCUAGCUAACUUUAAUGUACCGGUUUCAUCUGAACAGAAUAACGCGUCCAAUUCGGUCAACUACCAAAACAGGAGUUGUUAAAGGGAAAUCGAGCAACUAGUCUCCUAACAUUAGCUAGAUCGAUACAGGGCACUUGCAGGCUUGAUGAUGUCUUAAAGGUUAUUAUCCGCUGAAUCGGACAAGUCUUUGUGACCCUGCCCACCGAACAGCAAGGACGGAGCACUGCGCAUGACAGAGACUGCUGGACAGCGCCAAAGAGGGAAAUUUAAAAACGGUCUGGAGAACAAGUGCGCAGUCAAAAUACCCUACGCAGACGCACUAUCAGACCAUCCCAACUACGGCUUACACAAGACAGGAAAUGAUAGAAAGUGGAAUUACUUCCAGGAUGUCAGAAAUUCUUGGAAAUUCAGGACAAAGUCACCACCCAUCACCUCAAGACUACAGGCUGCUGACCACAGACCCGUCCCAGCUGAAUGAGGACGACCUCCCGGGGGACCUGCAGUCCCUGUCCUGGCUCACGUCCGUGGACGUGCCCCGGCUGCAGCAGAUGACCACGGCGGGGCGGCUGGACUUCAGUGUGGCCGCGCAGGGCAACCUGCUGGAGCAGCAGACAGCCCAGCUUAACAACAUGAACGUGUCCAGUGGACAGGCGACCAUGAUCCACCUUCAGAGCAACAUGCAGAACAGCAUUCUGGGAAUGAGCGGCAUCAGCGGCCACAGCGGAAACAUGUCGUCGUACUCCCUGAACGGACAGCCCUCCCCGGGGUUCCAGUCCCAUCCGUCCGUCUACCAGCCGUCUCCACAGCAAGUCUUCACCCUUGCGCAGACUGGCCAGCAGUGUUCUGCCGCAGGCCUCUACAGCAGUACCUCCUACAGUAACCAGGGCCCUUUCAACCAGCCUCGACUCGCCCCACACAGCAACCAAGACCUGCAGCCAAAGUCCUUUCCCAAGCCCAUCUACUCCUACAGUUGCCUGAUUGCUAUGGCCCUAAAGAACAGCAAGACGGGCAGUCUCCCCGUCAGCGAGAUCUACAGCUUUAUGAAGGAACACUUCCCCUACUUCAAGACGGCACCAGACGGCUGGAAGAACUCGGUUCGGCACAACCUGUCGCUGAACAAGUGCUUCGAGAAGGUGGAGAACAAGCUGAGCGGCUCCUCCCGCAAGGGCUGCCUUUGGGCCCUGAACCCCGCCAAGAUCGACAAGAUGGAGGAGGAGAUGCAGAAGUGGAAGCGCAAGGACUUACCGGCCAUCCGCCGGAGCAUGGCUAACCCAGACGAGCUGGACAAGCUGAUCACGGACCGACCCGAGAGCUGCAGACGGAAGCCGUGUGACCCCGGGGUGACCCGGCUCCCCAGCGGCCCGACCGGCGGCCUGACCCUGCCGGCCCAGCUGCAGCCCCAGCCCGUCAUGACCCUGUCCCUGCAGUGCCUCCCCCUGCACCAGCACCAGCACCACCACCAGCACCAGCACCAGCAGCACCAGCACCAGCUCCAGGCCCAAACCAGGCUGGCCCCCGGGUCCCCCGCCCCGGCCCAGACGCCCCCGCUCCACACGGUCCCCGACCUCUCCCACAGCCCCCUCGCCCAGCACCCCGGCAAGCCCCCCCACGAGUUCUACAGCCUGCACAGCGACGUCACCGCAGAGGUCGACACGCUGGAUCCCAGCAUCAUGGACUUCGCAUUACAAGGGAACCUGUGGGAGGAGAUGAAGGACGAGAGCUUCAACCUGGAGACGCUGGGCGCCUUCAGCAACUCGCCGCUGCGGCUGUCCGACUGCGAUCUGGGCGGGGGGGCGGGCGCGGGGGCCGGGGGGGGCCUGGCGGGGGCGUCCGGCGGCAGCGGGCUGUCCUUCUCGGACCUGCAGGUGACGGGUCUGUACGCGGCGUACAGCGGGCUGGACAGUGUCUCCGCCCAGUACAUGGGCCCGCAGGGAGGCAGCAAGCCCAUCGCCCUGCUCUAACAAAGCACCCAUCGCCCUGCUCGAACACAGCACCCAUCGCCCUGCUCGAACGCAGCACCCAUCGCCCUGCUCGAACACAGCACCCAUCGCCCUGCUCUAUCACUGCCCCCGGGGGGCGAGGGGCGUGCAGGAGCGAACAGGAGAGAGGAGCAGACAGGAGCGAACAGGAGCUGGAGUGCCAAGGAGCAAGGAGCACACAGGAGUGUGCAGGAGAAAGGAGAGAGGAGCAGACAGAAAGGAGGAGCGGACAGGAGCAAGGAGCACACAGGAGGGAGCAGCUUUACUGAAAUAAACCCGAUGUAACAAAGCAAAGAAAUUUUUUUUUUAAGUCACUUUUCCACAUUGGUACAACUUCUAGAUCCCACUUCUGGAACCAAAUGCUCAACUUCCAGCGGUUAAAAAAAAUCAUAAUAAUUUUGGAGCCCUCGCCCCCAUCCACCACCCCCCCCCAUCCCCCAAAAUUAAAUCAUGUCUCAUUCAGUGGUCCCAGUGGCAGUAACUGAGGACAUUUCUUCAAACUGGUCCCUUUGUUUCCGAGAGGAAUGUGGCUAUUCCCAAAACAUUUUUUAUUCACAUCAAGAUAACACCACAGCGAAAACCAGCAACGACGGAAAAAUAUCGAAUCAGCCCUUCACAGCCGAGAGUACGCAACACGUCAAAUAAAAAAGGCUUUUGUGUGGAAUAAAUUUGGGGCCUGCGGCUCCUGUUAGGAGCGCUAUACGUCAUACUUAUGGAUGCUGACGAUCGAACUUUGCCAAGCAAAGAGAACUUCAGAGGACCUACAACCAAAACUGGGGGGGUGGGUCGCUGUCAUGGCAUUCUACGUGAACAUACUCGACUGUGUAAAUACAAACUCUUGUGAACAAGGCACCGGCGUCCCGGUCGAGCGGGAGAAAUACUUUUGUUUCCUUUACCUCCGGUCAACGUUAGCCUAACAACUGUAGUUUCAGAGACCCGUGUUUUACUGUAUUUGUGCUAGGCAGUAUUACUGUGUUGUAUAUGUUUUUUUAAUUUAUAUUUAUAAAUGUACGAGAGGCAUCGUUUUUAAAGCACGGUUUACAGUCCCCUGCAGGUGCGACAUCCCUCCUUGGAACAGGAGGAAAAAAAAAAAUAAAGAAAAAAGAAAAUAUAAAUCAUAAAUUAAUUUACUUCACUUUUAACCCAUCCAGACUUGCCAAUAUCAUUGAUUGAAAAGUACAGUGUCACUUACCGAUUUUAAUUUUUAGCCAGAUUGCUAAUGCCAUGUAAGAAUUCAAAGACCCCAACGGUAUUUUGGAUCUUCUAUGAUUCAUAUUGGUGUCAUAAUUAAAACUACCUGCGUUGCACCUUGA